AUGAAUUAAAAUUUUUUCGACAGUGCUAAUCUAAAAUAAGUAUAAUUAUGUUAUCUAUUCUAUUUAAGCAACUCUAUAAGGCAUUAUCUAAAUACAAUGGUCCUACCACUUCAACUCCAAGCAUUUUAUCAGAAUAUUUAUCUUCUGCAAAAACAUAAACAUCAAAUAAUAAAUGCAACUCUAAUAAAGUGAAGCCUUUACUAAGUCCAUAAAAUAUUAAUAAGCCUAUUUAAAAUGAUUCCUUAAGAAUUAAGACUUCUACUCUUCACUUCCCCUAAAAAUAAUAAAUUUCCCAUCACAUCAAAAGUCUCUCUACCGAUAUCAAAUAAUAACCACAACCUCCAAUUAGAAGAAGAGGAAGAUAAGAAAAAAUGAUAUUUUAAUCAGAUUCUUUAUAAGCUCCAUUCUUGAUCAUAUAAAAUAAAGUUAGAGAUACAAGAAGAUUUGAUACUUUCAGAAAGAAUACAUUGCCUUCAUUGUAAACAGAAUCAUAAAGGAGUAUAUAAAAUACAUCUCCUAGAAUUACAGAAAUACCUUUAAUCCCUAUUUAAUAAGUAACAGAAAUUUAAGAUUCAAAAAGUCAACUUUUUUAAGAAUAAGAAAAUAUAUGUUUUGAUUAAGGAAAUAUUGAAAUUGAAAAUUAAUUUAAUAAUGAAAACAAAUAAGCUUCUGAAUUUUUCAAUUCAAUAAAAAGAAAGGUUAGUAUUACUGAGCCAAAUGACUUAAUUGACCAUCAAAAUCCUACUGAACAACAAGAAGAGAUUAUAUAAACUGAAAAAGAUGUCAUUUGUGAUGAAGAUGAAUUAUAAAUAUCAAAUGCUAUGAAAAAAUUGAGUGUUAAAAUGAAAUUCAAAAAUGUUGUAUCAUAAUAAGUUUAAAAUAUGUUUAAAAAUAGAGAAGUAAUAUUUAUAUUAAUUUAGUUAAAAUCUUUAUUUACAGUUAUCAUUUCACCUGAAUUUAGUUCAAAACAUGAAGAGGAAAGGUAAAAAAUAAGUGAUUAAUUUGAAUAAGGAAAUUUUAUAUUAGCAAAGAAUUUGUAACCAACUAAAGAUAACUAUAAAUCUAAACAAUCUAUUAAAUACAUUAAAGAAAAAUAUAAUUUUAAACAUAAUCAUAAAAUAAAUACUAUUGUUUAAAAUUAAUUGCAAAAAUUACAUACUACAAAUAAAGCAUUUUAAAGAAAAAUCUAAAUGAUUAAAGAUACUUAAUGGACAACUAAAGAAUGUGAUUAACCAUAAUAAUAAUAAUUUUCAUUAUUAAACAAAUUUAAAAAAUAAUCAGUACUUUCAAAUCAGAUUGGUUUAGGACCAGUAUUAUAAAGUAAUUUAGAAAAUAUUUUACCUAAUUUAAUGGAUGAUGCUAAUAAAAUUACUAUUACAAUUACUAAUAUUUUAUUGUAAAAUACAAUUUUGGAAUUUAAUAAACCUAAAUUUAUUGUUCAUAUGGAUUCUAUUAUAGAUGAAUAAGUAAUUUAACCAAUUUCACCACCUAAAAAAGCCAUUUAGCAUUCAUCUUCAUUACAUUCAUCUUUUAAAUUGUAAAAAAUAUAAAAUUCAGCAUCUUAAUCUGUUAUUAUAAAUAAAGAUCAUAUAUCAAAUCAUAAUGUAUAUAAUAGUAUUUAAAAUACAAAUAUUAUUGAAGAUAACAGCAAUUUAGAUUUUAAUUAAGAAUAUUCUAAAGUAAGAAUGAAAAAUAUUAUAAUUAGUCAAAUUUAUAUGUGAGACUAUAUUAUCAAAAUAGAUUACAUAAAAUACCUUAAAAGAUUUCUUAUACUUAGCAUAAUUUAAAGGAGAUUGAAGAUGUAUUUUAUUAAUAUGUCUCUAUGAUAACUGGUUCAUAAAUGUAAAUCUUUUUUAAAUAUAUAUUAGUUCUUUUUAAGCAAGUCAAAAUUUUACAAAAUAAAUUAAAAGUGUUGAAAUAUCAAAUUUAGUUUAAGAAUGGUAAAUAGUACUUGAGAGAUAUGAUAUUCCUUAAAAAAAGAAGUAAUUCUCUUUUGACUUUGAUAAUUCAAUUAGUUUAUUAUCUAGUUAAUCAGAUUAGAGUGCAUCAUUUGAUAAAAUUUUAGAAGAACCUAAUUAAAGUAAUUGAUUUAAUAAAACUAGAUUAGGACUUAAAGUUGAUGAAAGACAUGAGAGUAAAAUGUAAAAUAUAAUUCAAUCAAUGAAAAAUCUAAGUGAUGAUUCUGAAUCAUAAAUAUUUGUUGAAGAUGUUGUCAAUGAUUAAAAAUGUAAAUUAAAUAUUAAAAUUUAGAAAUAUCAACUGGAUUGUUAAAUACUAUUAAGAAAGUGAAGAAUAAAUUUCACUGUCCUAUGAAUGGAUAGGCUAUUAUGAGUAUUUUAGAUUAAAAUACUAAGAAUGAUUUAUUAACAUUUCAAAUGAUGGAAUAAUCUAAAGAACAGAUUUAAAAAUUAAUUCAUGGAGAUUAUGAUACUAAUGCAUUAAAAAAUUUAGACUCUUUCUAUAAGUAAUAAGAAGUACGUAAAAUGAUGUAUCAUGGCAUUGAAAUGAGAUAUGAAAAUAUACUCAUUGGUAGAUAUCAGAGUUAAUAAAGAAUGAAUGAUGUUGAACAUUCUGAUCUUGUUUAAUCAUCUAUUCUUGAAGCCCCAUUAUAACAUAUUUCUUCAUCUUAACAAUCUCAAUAAUCUCAAUAAUCUUCAGAACUCUUACUCCUUCAAAAAUAAAAACUAAUCAGUUUAAAAUAGUAAGGUCGAAGUAGAAAUUUAUAAAGAGAUAGUUUAACUGUUAUUAUUAAACCAAAAAUCAAUUCAAAAAAUACAUCCAAUUCACCUGAUGUUACUAAUGUCCAUAGUAAACCAACAUCACAAUAUACAAAUUAAUUAACUUAUAACAUUUUUACUUAAGCUUCAACAUAAUAUCUCACUAAACCAACUAAUCAAUCACAAUAAUCGGUCAAAGUUUCAAGUGUAUAAAAUUUAGAAGAAAAUCUAUCUAAUUUAGAAAUGAGCCCAUAAUCAUCCUUAAAAUCUAUUAAAUCUAAAUCAGCAAUUGAUUCUUCAAAUAUUAUAUCUUAAACAAAUCCUCCUAAUAUUAGAAAAAGUUAAAAUAUUAGAGACUUUGAUAAAAUUACUAAAGAUAGAAUGAAUCAUCCUAAAGAAUAAAUCGAAUUAAAAGAAGAGAUAAUAAAAAGAUAAAAAUCAUCUAAUAUUUCAUUACUAUAAUAACCUAUUUUAGAAAAUAAAGUAAUUAUAUUAAUUAAUUUAGACUUUGAGUAUGUUUUCUUAUUCUUUACGUAUGAGAAACCAAGCUCUUGGUCAUAGUAGAAGAUAAAACCUCGAUUAAUUUAAAAUAUUAGAAUAACUUAUUUAUGAUAAUGAUGUCCAAGAAGUAAUAUUCAAAUUUAGAAAUAGUUUUUGGAACAUAUUUAAUAAGUUCCAUAAAUGUACAUAGAUAAAAGAUUAGAGAAUCAUGAUACCUUAUUGACUUUGGCUUCCAAAAGUGGAUGUAAAGAAAUGGUUAAAGAAUUAAUUAAGAAAGGAGCAGAUAUAAAUAUUUAAAAUGUAUUUUUUUACUUAAGCAGGAUGAUGGAAAUACAGCUGUCCAUUUAGCUCUUUCAUAUGGCCAUUAUAAAAUUGCAGACAUAUUAAUUGGAGCAGGUGCCAACACAAAUAUUCUAAAUAAUAUUGGUAAAAAUGCUUGGAGUAUAUUAUGA